UGGUCCGUCCAAGUGAACCGAAGCUUCCUGUAUCAGUCUGUGUUUAUAUCUAGACAUGAUGAAGAUGGCUGUAGAUUGUACUUUGUAGAUGUUUUUAAACGAAGUGUAGCAAAGGUCCCAGAAGCUUUUGCCCCUGGUGGCAGGUGGCAGUUGACGUGCUGAUGGAAGUUUGUUCACCAUGCUGGUUUGAGUUUAUCUCCGUUAAAGUCUCCCUCCACAACGAGCGCAGUGUCCUGGUGAUGAGUCUGGUGUAGAGUGAGAACCUCAUGUAGUUCACACAAGGCAGUGUCCGAGUCUUCCUGGGGUGGAAUUAAAACACCACUCACUAUGACUGAGGUAAAUUCCAGAAGGAGAAACAAAGGACGACAUUUGAUGGUCAGGAGCUCCAGGUUGUGUGUGCAGGGGCGCGUGAGAGGAAAAAUGCUCGCGCUGUCUCUUCGGCUGCUGUUUACCAUCACACACACUGUCCAGGAGAUAAACCGUGAAGAUGGCGUGGUCCGGUACCGCUGGAUACAGCCGUGUCUCGGUGAAGCAGAGGCUGGUACCCGUGAUGAAAAGAAAAUGAGUUUAAAAUAAGGGGAAAGUGUAAAAAUGGAUUGCGGUUAAACCAGCCCCUCUUUCUGAAAGCACGGUUAAACUAGCCGCACUUAUAUUUAAGGGGCGCGGCUUUUAGAUACUUAGCGGUAAUAGCGCUGGAAGAGGAAAGCGAGCGGCCCGAGCUCCUACACCACCGAACAAUAAAUUAAUACAAAAUGAUCAUUUUUCAUAAAAAUCCAAUUUGUUAGUUGAUUAAACCAUUACAGACAAUUUCAGGAUGACCUAGUCUCUGGUCCCAAUAAAGAUCAACCAAUUUUACUGUGACAUUUUUUAAUAAUUCCACUUCAAACUCACCAUAUAAUAUAAUUAUGCCAGGAAGCACUUUUUUAAUCCAUAAAAUGAACAUUAUAAAAUUGAUAACUCAAAAUGUUAAUUGAAUCAUCUCAGAUCACUUCAACAUGACCUACUCUAUGCUCAAAAUAAAAACCGUUUUUAAUAAUUCCUCUUCAACUUCACCAUAUAUAUCAGUAAAGAUGCAACUGGAAGCACUUUUUAAUCCAUUAUAAGAUGAACAUGUCAAAAUGUUAGUUGAUCAAUCCAAACAAGGGUGUAACUUUGGUUUGGGGGGGGCACAAAAUGGGGGAAAAUGUUUUGGAUUGGAAUCCCAUUUCCUGCAUUUACAUACAUUUAGAGACUAUGGUGAUACAAAGUCCAGGAAAUAAUUAAGUUGAGUAUACUGAUAGUGGUGGCUUAGUGUUUAACACGUUCGCCUCCUGCGUCCUGGGUUCGAGUCUUGCUCCCGCUCACUGUGUGUGUGGAGUUUGGAUAUUCUCCCCUCCCCGUGUGGGUUUCCUCCCACAGUCCAAAGACAUGCUUCUAGGCUGAUUGGAGUCUCUUAAUUGCCUGUAGUGAGUAAAUGUGUGUGUCCUGCGAUGGAUUGGCACUCCGUCCAGGGUGUAUCCUGCCAUGACGCCUGAGAUAGGCACAGGCUCCCCGUGACCUGAGGAUAGAUCGGAUAAGUGGUACGGACAAUAAUAAUAAAAAAUUAAUGAUAAAUUCUAUCAAAAAGAAUAUUAGGCAACUAAACUGUUUAUAUAAAAAAAGAUGUCUUAGAUUCUUUAUUGUUUAAUAGGGGCCAAUCGCCAAGACUUGAGAAAAUAAUUUUUCUCAAAAAUGUUCAGCAUUGAUGUUUUCUGUGUGAAUACAAUGUAAAUAAAGUAAGACACAGUUUCCUCUGUUAAACAAACUUUUAUUUCAAACUAACCUCUGUACCUGAAAAUGUAAAAUAAAUCACUUAUUGCACAGGACGUCUGUCAGAGACACGUCCACCAAACCGCUGGGGUUUAGAAUAGAAAAAGCUUUUAUGAACUGUGUGUUAACAUCUCUAUUUUCGCAAAAUUAAUAUGUAAUAUAAUUUUAUAAUUUUUAUAACAAUUUUAUGAAAAUGUUGAUCAUUACUUCAAUAAUUUUCUCUCAUGCAUAAACAACCACUCUUCACAAAUUAAAAUAUUUACAUUUACAAAUACCUAAAGUUGAUCAUUUUUAUGCCUCCAACACUGUCUUAUAGCAGGAUAUGAAGUAACUAUCUGUAAUUAUUACUUCUGUAAUCCAAAAGGAUGGGAAAGUUGAAAACACAAUAGAUACACAACUUAUUUGGUACACAGGAUUCAAGAUCAUCCAGAGUCUGCUUGUCAUACAUUGAGAGAAAAUGUGCAGUUUAAAGUCAACUCGUUUUCAUCCUACACAGGAUCUUCAAGAAAAUAUGAUUAUCCUGACCUGAGCUAAUUUACUGAAUCAACCAACUCACAUCUCCAUUCUUUCUUUUCAUCCAUGAUGACAUUAAAGCCAUCUGUUGCUGCUUCUGGUGUUUCAUCACUGACUGUGCCACAACCCCGAUACCUGUUCAUUACACCUUUCAGUGAGAUAGUUUUAGAGUGUGCACGCGACCUUCCUGGACACGGACCCACGCAUCGACACAGACAGACUCUCGGUGUCCUGCUCGGUCCGGCUCCUCUGUGGAGAUGACGGCGUGUGGUUAAAAAAUCAUAACAAACAAACUUAAAAAGUGGGGGGGGGCAUGUCCCCCCUGUCCCCAGUGGAAAUUAUGCCCCUGAAUCCAAACAGGAUGACUUAAGAAUCCCCUCCUAUGUGUGGAGUUGGUUUGAUAAACUAACAAUUUUAAAUGGUCAUUUUAUAACGGAGCAACAUCAGCUUCUGGCUGUAUUAUAUUAAAAGAUAUAGUGACUGAAUGUAAAUUACUACAAAGUUUCACAAUAAAAUUGAUUGAUCUUUAUUUUGAGCAUAGAGAAUGUCAUCCUGAAGUGAUCUGAGAUGGUUUUAUCAACAAACAUCUUAAAAUAUCCAUAUUAUAAUGUACUACAAAGUGCUUCAGGUAUUGUGAAUUUGAAGAGGAAUUAUUAUUAAUUGGUUAAUCUUUAUUGACAGAAUAUAGUAGGUCUCUCUGUUAUUUCAGUUAGUUUUAUGAAAUAACAUUUUAUAACAUUCAUUUUAUAAUGGAUUAAAAAGUGCUUUCUGGCAUAAUUAUAUUGCCAGCUUGAAGAAGAAUUCCUUAAAAUUAUUAAAAAGUAAAUUUGGGGUGAUCUUUAUUGAGACCAGAGAGUAGGUCAAUCUGAAAUGGUUUAAUCAACUAACAAAUGGGAUUUUUAUUAAAAAAUUAUCAUUUUGUAUUAAUUUAUUACUAUUUAUUACUGUGGUGUAGGAGCUCGGGCCGCUCGCUUUCCUCUUCCAGCGCUAUUACCGCUAAGUAUCUAAAAGCCGCGCCCCUUAAAUAUAAGUGCGGCUAGUUUAACCGUGCUUUCAGGACUGCGGUGAAGCCACAUAACACGUAUCCCAUCAUUUUCUAUCCUAUUUCUCUGUCAAGAAAAAAAACACUUUAUAGAGAUUCGUUUUUAUAGCACAAAAGAAAAGAGUCUGGUGUAAGUGAGAGACGUUAAUCACACUUGUAUGUCUGUUCUCGUUCAGUGAAAAGGAAGAGACUAAUCUAAAUGAGGGAGGUGUGACAAUACACUUCUCAACUUCCGUGUGUUUACUGAUGGAGUAAUAAAGAAGCUCAUAACUGCUUACGAGUGCAGUACGAGUGAAGGAGGAACAGGCUGAUUAAAGACCGUUAAUAUUCAUUAUAAGAGUAAGAUCGAUUCAUUUUGUAUUUAUGAGGAUAUUUUUGGUGUAAAUUCUACACGUGGUGGAUCUUCGAGUGUCAGCUGUCUGAAGGCUGAUGUUUUCCAGAAUGUUGAGAAAUAUUACAGUAGCAGCGAUCCUCAUGUUACUGACAGUCACAGAGAGAGAGUGGUAUCGAGUCCAGAGCUCUGAAGGAGAACCACGAGACCUGAACAAUGAUCCAGAAUACUCAGGACGAGUGUCUGUAAGCACCUGGUGGUCUGACUGUGAGCUGACAGUGAGGAAUGUGAGAGUGAGUGACUCUGGAGUUUAUAACUUUAGAUUUAAAACACAGAGCAGUGACUGGAUAUCAGCAUCAUCUGGAGUACAACUGACUGUUACAGACUUGCAGGUGAAGGUGGAUCCUAACACUGUGGGACAGAGAGAAGUGAAAGUGACCUGUAGCUCCACCUGCAGAAUCAACACACACAUUAUCUACUGGUACAGGAAUGGCCAUUACAUCAAAUACACAAAUGAUGCCUCCAUUGUUCUUGACUCCACCAGUCGAUCUGAUAAAGGCAGCUACUCCUGUGAGGUGUCUGGAACUGAACACCGCUCUCCUCCAGUGUGUGUUUUCGAUGAGAAGAGCUGCUGGAGUGUGUCUUAUUCCACUCAGACUGUCUGCUCUCUGAUUGGCUCAUCAGUGGACCUACACAGUUAUUACACCUUUCCUAAUAAUUACAAGGUCACAGAAGUCUUGUGGUUUAUUAAAGAACUUGAGGAUGUGAGAAAGGAUGAGGAGUAUCAGGGUCGAGUGCAGUACACACAGAGCUCCCAGAACGACUGUAGUCUGAGAAUCACUAACCUGAGAGAGAGAGACGCUCAAACAUACAGGUUCAGAUUCUACACUGAUGAUCCUACAGGAAAAUACACCGGAAAACCUGGAGUCACUCUGUCUGUCACAGAUCUUAGGGUUACAGUAUCAAACAGGAAUGGCAACAAGAAGCUGAGCUGCAUCACCACCUGCUCUCUGUCUAACAACCCCACUUACAUCUGGUACAAGAACAGACAGCGUGUUACUGACCAGGACAGAAAUGAACUGUAUGUCAGUAGUGGGAAUGCAGGCAGCUACUCCUGUGCUGUAAGAGGACAUGAGGAGCUUCGCUCUCCUGCUGUCUCUAUGGUCAUCACCUGA